AUGGAGUUUAAAGUCGCGGCACCUCUUAUGUGCGCUGGAAUCAGCAUAUAUGGCGGCAUUGUCAAGGCUGGGGUGCCGAAAGGAGGAUCAAUUGGAAUUGUUGGAAUCGGUGGACUCGGUCACAUUGGCACACAGGUUGCAAAAUGCAUGGGCUACAAAGUUGCCGCUAUUGACGUGAAGCAGUCAGCUUUGGAUGCAGUCGCAUCUUACACGCAUAGCCCGGAUGUCUUACUACUAGCCACUGGCUCGGUCGAGAGUCUAUUGCAAAAGACUGAGGAAAUACAGUCAGGCGCCUACCCAGGUCUUGAUGCGACUGUUCUUGCUACCGAUCACCCGGCAGCCUUUGAUCUGGCGGCGAGUCUUACCCGCAAGCAUGGCACGAUGGUUCUUCUGGGCCAACCUGAGAAGGGGAUUACAAUGUCUUACCAGAAUGUGAUUUACCGGGAUAUAAAGCUGGUUGGAUCUCUGGUUGCAGACACUGCUCAAGCCCAGGAGUUUAUUACCAUGUUCCAUGAGAACAAGCUUCAUGUUGAGGUGACUGAGUGGAAAAUGGAAGAAGCUGAAAAAAUGAAGCAAGCAUAUCUUGCCGGAAAAGGGAAUGGCAAGAAUGUCAUUGUCAUGGACUGA